CUUGCGCCACUCAAGUGCAGGAACUGAGAGACCUCCCGCUAACAGCCAGCCAAGAAUUGAGGCUCCCACCCCAACAGUGCACAGGGCUUAACUGAACACUGACGGCAGGUAAGCUGGGUAGCAGCCACUGGAGCACUUCUGAACUCCCCCACUCUCACGUCUUUCCAGGCACGACUACUCUCCACUAACAAGGCAGUCAUGGACAGCAGGAAUAAGUCUUCAGACACGGACUUCAUCCUCCUGGGCCUCUUUCCUGGCAUGAACCACGUCACCCUCCUUGUCUCUGCCAUCCUCCUGAUCUACACGGUGGCUCUCACUGCAAACUCUGCACUAAUUCUUCUGAUCUGGGUGGACUCUCACCUCCACACACCCAUGUACUUCCUGCUCAGCCAGCUGGCUCUCAUGGACCUGACCCUAAUCUCUAGCACCGUGCCCAAGAUGGCAGCCGACUUCUUCUUAGGGCAGAGAAACAUCUCACGGGUGGCCUGUGCAGCUCAGAUCUUUUUCUUUCUGACUCUAGGCAUUGCUGAGUGUAUCCUCAUCACCUUCAUGUCCUAUGACCGGUACGUGGCCAUCUGCAACCCUCUGAGAUAUGCCCUCCUCAUGAGCCAGAGGGUCUGCCUGCAGAUGGCUGCCGUCUCCUGGGCUGGGGGUGCCUUUUUAUCACUGGCACACACUGCCUACGCCAUGCACUUCCCAAUCUGUGGUUCCACAGAGAUUUCUCAUUUCCUUUGUGAGGUCAUGGCCAUCCUCAAGCUGGCCUGUGAGGACAUCUCUGCCUACGAGAAGGCUGUGGUGGCGACCAGCAUUGUGGUGCUCCUCAUUCCCCUGUCCCUCAUCUUGACUUCAUACGUGCUCAUCUUCCUUGCUGUUCUCCGCAUGAACUCCCCUGAGGGCAGAAAUAAAGCCCUGGCUACCUGUUCCUCUCACCUGGCUGUGGUGAGCCUCUACUUUGGCCCGGCCAUGCUGGUCUACAUGAGGCCAAGCUCCUACCACAGCCCCAAGCUGGACCAGGUCCUCUUCUUGCUUGGUGCCAUCCUCACCCCCAUGAUGAACCCCCUCAUCUACAGUCUGAGGAAUAAGGAGGUGGUGGGGGCUCUGAAAAAGGUGCUGGGAUGCUGUCCAACCUCACUCUAGACCACAAACAUACGGCAAACCUUAGCCAUGAGCUCUGUUUCAGCUCAGUCAGCCCUGCUGGACAUCGAGGCCUCUGGUCAUGAGGUUGAAACUGCAAUGGCACCACUGGCUCCAUGGAUUCAGGACACACAGACGUAAAACUGGUGGAAUGUACUGUGGCCAUUCAGCCCGAGUAUGCUAGGUUCACACUCUGGGACUAUGAUCCUCAAGGAGUGGGCAUUCCAGAGUUGAUGAUGAUGGUGACAGUAGUGGUGGUGGUGCCAAAGGCAUUGCUGUGGGUUUGAGGGGAGUCACUGUGGGAGGAGUAGUGAUGGUGAUGAGGUUUUGCCAAGAAAAGGAUGUGAAUCAGCGAUGCUUUAUUCAAGGAGAUAUGAAUCAAGUCUGGUCGAGAAAGGUCAACCACGACAGAAAGUCCAGAAAUGUUCGUUUCCAAACUAUCCUAAAGUGAAGGUGAAAGCUUAAGAGUGUAAAAUGAAGGGGCUUUAUUAGAUGACAUCUACGGCAUUUCUAAACCUACCCAAAAAACUCAUUUUAUUUUUAAAUACCAUGCUGCCUCUUAAAUUAUUUUGUGUAAUUGUCCUUGUUACCAAAAAAGAAUAUAAAGACCUUUUAAGUUUCUUCAGUUUUAAGAAUGCAAAAUUAUAUCAGGCUUGAUGGAAAUGGAAAGUUAUAUGCAGAUUUACUACUAGUAGAUUGCAUCUGAGUUUUUUUUGUUUUGUUUUGUUUUUACAUUUCUAUCACCUCUCUGCCAUGUAGUGAAUUAACAUUCACAUUUCAGGAAAGGAUAAUAAGGUGAAUGUGGCUGAAUCUACACGUGUAGAAAUAUUACCAUUCCAACACCUGGCAGUGUGAGCAUAGACUGGAACUGAAUUUAACAGUUCACUGCCGCACCCACCACUAGUUGACUUGGUUGAGUGACCGAAUUAGAGAAUGGAAAGCUAUUUAUAUGUCAUUAGAAAUCCAGAAGAUUCGCUGAGGAACAUGGCUUGCUAAGAAUAUAACAAAGGACUGAGAAUUAGAAAGAAUACCCUUAAGUCAUCCUGAAAUUCCUCUCCAAGAGAUGAUUGUAUUUAAAUUCAAAAUAUGUUGGGCAUGGUGGGGGGGGGUAUGUGAAAGAAAUAUUUUGAUCUAAAAAUUAAUAUGUAACAAGCAAAAAUUUCUAGGACAUUCUUCACAUAAGAGAUUACUGUAAAUUAUCCAUGCAAAGGAGAAAUGAAUGUGCCAUAAAUGGCAUAUGGCAGGUAGGGCUGGGGGAGGAGUAUAAACCAGGGUUCUUUCUGAUAGUGGUUGGGUAUAUAAAAACAAGAACAUUUGCUCUACCCCUUAGCAUGCACGCAGGUAUCAGCCAUCAUUUCCAUUUCUGACAAUAAACCUGAGUUCCUUGCACUAAAUUAAAGAAAAAAGGGGAUAGUUUAUAUAAAGUCUGACCUGUCGGAUUAAAAGCAUGCUUAAAGACCCAGGCUAGCACUGUCUCAGGGAAGUGAUGCCAUGGUGUGUGCAAGGCCAUGAUGAUGUUGAUUACGUCUCAUUAACCACCUGCAGCACUUUGUCCCAUCCCAUCAACCCACAUGCAGGUGCAGCAAAGCAGGGGGUGGAUUCCACUGGAACGGGAUUCACCCGGAAAAAGGAAGAAGAGCCACGUGUCUGACUCGCUUCUGAAGUCUGUUGGCUUCACACAAACAAAAUUUUAUA